GGGAGGUUACUGCCGCACGGUCAACCUUUACAACAAGCUGUUUCUCCCGUAUCCUUCUCCUCUGCCUCUCCGUUGCCGCCCAUUCACUCCACCCUCUACGAUAAGGUGGCUGGUGCGGUGUGAGGCAGGACAUCACCACCACCACCACCACCUACUACUACUACUACUACUACUACUACUACUACUACUACUACUACUACUACUACUAAGCGCCUUCGUUAGCAGCAGGAGGGGAAGGAAGUGGCAUGGCAGCAGGUCCCGCGAGGAAUGGCGAGGCGUAGGAAGUGAGCACCAUGGUGCGGUGAUGAUGCAGCCUCAGCCUUCCCUCUGGUGCCGUGAUACCUACAAGAGUCUGUGCGCCUUCAUCAGUAGCGGCAAGAUGUCCACCUUCCCUGCCACACUGAUGCGCUCUCUGGUGGCCUGGCGGGGCAAGGCGAGGCGGGACGGGAGGCCUUGCUGUGUGGACGACGCCUCCUCACCCACCAUGGCCAGGUACCUGCAGGAGUUACUGGGCACCAAGACGGAUUGCGAGGGAGGGGACGCCAAGAAUGCCAGCCCGCCAGACACCAACGCUGAUGUCUGCUUCAUGGUAGAAAGUCCUUACAGGGUGCUCAAGGUGGCCGCCAAGGGGGAUGUGGAGCAGCUGAGGAAGAUUUGCCUAGAUGAUCCCACCAAACUAACCCUGAAAGACCGACGAGGAUGGACGGUUGCUCACCACGCCGCCGCCCACGACCGCCCGCACGCCCUCGUCUUCCUUCACAACCAAGGCGCCGACUUGGAGGCAAAGGAUGACAAUGGUGACACUCCCUUUCAUGUGGCAGUCCUCAAGGAAGCUUUGGAGGCUUUGGACACUCUGCUCGACUGUGGAGUCAACACCAGCAUCACUAACUUGCAAGGAGAUGCACCCAUUCAUGCAGCUGUUAACAACAACAAGACAGGCGUGGUGGAUCUCCUGACACGGCGUCACCAACACGUGGAUAUAUUCCAGAAAGACUCCAGAGGCCGAACACCCCUCCACCUUGCAGCACACUAUGACUUCGCCCAGUGUGCCAAGGCCAUGUUGGAGAGCCCAGGCUUCACCAGGUGUCCAAAUGAAGCAUGCAAUUAUGGCUACCAUCCCAUCCACCUGGCAGCGCGCAAUGCCUCCAUAGGGGUGCUGGAGGCGCUACUCAAAUUUGCCGACAGUCGAGGAUGUAUCAGGGAGAGGAUGAUCACAAUACCUGACCUGGAGGGGAAUGUACCACUGCACCUGGCUGUUCAUGGGGGGGAAAUCAAGGCGGUGGAGCUGUGCCUGCGGAAUGGUGCCCUCAUUUCCACGCAGCAGCAUGACUCCUCCACUCCAGUCCACCUCGCUUGCUCCCAAGGCUCCUAUGAUAUCGUCAAGCUCAUGUUCACUCUGCAGCCCCAGGAGAAGAAGAAGGCACUGGCCACCCAGGACGCCCAGGGCAUGAGUCCCCUCCACUGUGCUGCAAUGUUUGACCACCCACAGCUAGUGGCUUACCUUCUGGAUGAGGGUGCAGACAUAGACAUGGUGGACAAGGAUCACAGGUCACCGCUUCUCCUGGCAGCUGCUCACCGAGGUUGGCGGAGCAUUGAUGUGCUGCUGUCUCGUGGCGCUGACCUCACCAUCAGAGACUCAAACCACAAGAAUAUUCUGCAUGUGGUGGUGAUGUCUGGGGGGUGUCUCAUUGAGCUCCUCUCUCUCAGCCAGGCACAAGAGUCUUGGUGGAAGUCGAGGAUUGCCCACAUGCUGAAUGAACAAGACUCGCUGGGCUGGUCUCCCCUGCACCACGCCUCCAGAGCCGGCCAGAUCAGUUCCCUUGCCUAUCUGCUGCGACUCGGGGCAUCCGUCAGAACCAAGGACAAGAGGGAUGAGAGUCCUUUGCAUUUUGCUGCCAAAUACGGACGGUACAAUACAGUGCGGCAGCUGGUGGAGUCCCUGAAUGGCUUCCUGAUUCUGAAUGAGUGCAAUGAUGAGGGAAAGACAGCACUGCACAUUGCCAGUGGGGAAGGACACACUCGCGUGGUCCGGCUGCUCCUGGGGAAGGGUGCACUGCUCCACCGUGACCACCAGGGCCGCACUCCCCUCCACCUGGCCGCAGAGGGAGGUCACCUGGCCACACUGACAGCCAUCCUUGCAGUCCACUCACACACACUCGACCAGACUGAUAAAGAAGGAAACACACCGUUACACUUGGCUGUCUGCGCUAACAAGCCAGAGGUGGUGAGUCAGCUGAUGACACUCAAUUGUAAGCUGAUAGAGAACAACAGCAAGUGCACACCCAUUGACAUCGCCCUUCACUACAAGUUGUUUGAGGCGUCGCUGGCCCUUGUCACGCAUCCGAGGGGGCCCAAUGAGGUACUGUCAACAUCGAGUCAGAUGAACGGGUGUAUUUGCAUGGCUCUGAUCCGCAUACUGCCCCGGGUGUUUGAGGCAGUGCUGGACCAGGCCAUCGUGAGAGCCAAUGUUAAAGAAACCUCCAAGGAUUUCUUUAUCAAAUACUCAUUCUAUCCAUUUGAGAUGAACAAGGAGCAGCUGGAGGGAGAACGGAUUAGAAAGAAGGAUCCAAAAUUUAGACCACUCCCCCUCUAUGCCUGCAAUGCCAUGGUGGACUGCAGAAGAGUGGAGCUGUUGAUGCAUCCACUCACCCAAACCUUCCUGGAGAUGAAGUGGCGGGCAUAUGGCAAAUACAUCCACUUGUCCUUCCUCAUCAUUUACCUGGUGUUUCUCUUCCUUGUUACCUUUUUUGCCCUUGGAUACCUGGGGCACAGCAUCCAUAUGGUUCCUGCUAACUACACCACCACUUCCAUCUUAUACUCUUCCACCACUCCCUGUACUCCUCAGUUUGUCUAUGAGCCACAGGAACCUUCAGGCUGCAUCUACUUCUCUGCUGUGGCCAUCCUUGUGUUUGCCAUUCUCAACAUUCUCAAGGAAAUGGUGCAGCUUUACCAUCAUAAGUUAAAGUACCUAGCAGAGGGGAUUAAUGUGGUGGAGUGGACCAUGUACCUCACUUCGACUUGCAUGGUCCUGCCAGUCAUUGUGGGUGGUGAAUGGAAGGCCCAACAGUUCAACUCUGCCUCCCUCGCUGUCUUCACUGCCUGGUUCACUUUGCUGCUGUACUUCCAAAGGUUUGAUCGCAUCGGUAUCUACAUUGUCAUGUUUCUGGAGAUCCUGAACACACUCAUCAAAGUCCUGGUCGUCUUCUCUGUCCUCAUCAUCGCCUUCGGCCUUGCCUUCUAUAUUCUCAUGUAUCCUGGCAGCCACUUGUCGUUUUCCUCCGUGCCCAUGUCAGUGAUGCACACGUUUUCUAUGAUGCUUGGCGAGGUGGACUUCCUCAAUAUCUUUGUGUAUCCUUACUUCGGCGAGAGCACCAAGGGGGACCUGCUGCUCUUCCCUGUCACCACUUUUGCACUCCUCCUCAUCUUCAUGAUCCUGAUGCCCAUCCUGCUCAUGAAUCUGCUGAUUGGUCUGGCUGUGGGAGACAUUGAAAGUGUCAAGAAGAAUGCACAGCUGAAGAGAAUCGCCAUGCAGGUGGAGAUGCACACAGACCUGGAGAACAAACUGCCAGAGAUGCUGAUCCAGAGGGUGAACAAGACAGAGGUGCUGGUGUACCCCAACGCAAUGUGUGGCCCCAACUGGAUCCAUCGCAUACUGAGUGCUCUCAAAUUUGCCAGCCCCAUGAGCUCCAGCAAUGAUGUAGCAGAUUCUGAGGCACAGGAGAGCAAGAGUGCUGAGGAGUACCUGUGGGAGGAAAUAGAGGACCAGAAGAAGCACCUCAAGAACAUGUCAGGGGUGCUGGACCAACAGACCAAGCUGCUGCGUCUCAUUGUCCAGAAGAUGGAGAUCCGCAGUGAGGCAGACGAGUGUGACGAGGGCGUGUCCCUGGAGGAGAUCAUCCGUGCGCCGUCCAUCACUCGCAGGUUCCAUUCAUCAUCAUCUGCAGUGAGGAGGAUGCCACUGCCCAAGAAGGACCUCUGAACAACUCACUAAGAGGAGCACGAGUCAUCAAGUUCAUUAGCAAGCAUUCUAAAUCACUUCUUUCUGCACCCUGACUAUUGAAAGGCUCUAGUUGAAGUGAUGGGUUUUUAAGAUUGUUUUUGCAGUUCCAGUGAGAGAUGAAGAAGAUUUCUGUAUUAUUAACAGGAGAAACGCCCUUGAGAACCUGGAAUAUCACCCCUUUGGCCUUUGGAAAUAGUUGUGUUGAAAGCAUAGUGUUUCUGAAGCUAUUGCUAUUGAAUGCCCAGGUCGACUUCCAUCAUGAAAAAUUGUCACCAUGAUAAUAGUCACCAAGAAUUAUCAUACAUCAUCAAGAGGAAUGAAUCACGAAGAGGAUGCUCACCAAAAUAAGUCAGCAUUCACCAACUCUUUGGGAAAAAGGAAACCAGUAUGACUCGGAGUUAAAUCUUCACUAACCAAAGAUGCCCAUAAAAUCACCAGCCAGCCACCAGUCAUCAGUCAACUCACCAAAGAAGUCACCAAGAUCAUCCUGCAUCAUCAAGGAGGGAGUGAGUGUUGCUGCAGAUCACCACACUUCCUUCAGCCUGACUAACACUCAUUGUAGGAGUUAGUGUACCUUUACAUAUACUUAGACUAACACCAUUCACUCAAGUAGCUGUAGUGUUCUUAUAGUCCCCGCUAGUCACAAGGGAGUCACAUACUGUUGGGUGUUGCACUGUAUAUGUAGUGAGUCAUUACUAGUCAUUAGUAUUUAGAGGAAUGGACAUUUAUUUAUUUUACUUGUAUUUUAUUUAUUUUUACUUUUUUAGUGUGGUGAAGUAAAUAUGAUGAGAUUUUUAUUCAUAGCUUUAAUUUAUAAGUUUUUUUCUAAUCACGAUGAAGGACGCUAGUUUUAUUUGUAACGUUAAAUUUUUUUUACGUAUCUUUUGUAAAUUUUAAGCUUAUUCCUCAUACUGUAUUCAGCCAUCUAUAUUUAAGGUAAUUUUCUACAUUGAUAAAACUCAAACUCGACAUUCGUAAGUCAACACAACUGGCAAAAUUACUUCACUCAAAGUCGCACCUUCGUAAACGUGUCUAUAUUAAGUAGUUCCCAUAGAUGCGUGUAGUGCUUAGGUGUAAAGUGUCUGCUCUUCAGUCCAGUGCAGCUGUGGUCUUAGGAAUAGGUAGGGAAGGUAACAAUACACUUCCUGCUCCUAACCAUCUAAAGUGAAGCAAUUUGCCACACUUAUCUUUGUGCUGAGGAUUCUUUUCUUAUUAACUGAGAAUCUGCCACCUUUCCUCUGUCUCAAGUCCUCUGAUCUCAAAGGUGUUAGUUUUCUUUGAGGUUAAGUGUUAUGAUGGAAAAGUUUGCGAGUUUUCUCUCUCUCUCUCUCUCUCUCUCUCUCUCUCUCUCUCUCUCUCUCUCUCUCUCUCUCUCUCUCUCUCUCUCUCUCUCUCUCUCUCUCUCUCUCUCUCUCUCUCUCUCUCUCUCUCUCAGUUUUCAAUCCUCUGAUGUGUUGAGAAUCUGUCCGUUUUCUUCAAGUUUUAAAUAAGCUGACAGCAAAGAAUUUUUAGUUUUUUCUGUAUCUUAAAGGUCUGCCAAAAAUCUGUCAGUUUCUUUGUCUGUGGUCCUGUGAUAUGUUAAGAAUCUGCAAGUGUCUCUUGUGUCUGUAUUCUGAAACACUGCACUACAUCACCUCUUUCAGAAGGCUCCAGGUGAAGUCAAGUGAGUUUUUCAGUAUUUUAAAAUUCAUGUGAUAGGUUAACACAAGUUUUACAUUAUUAAGAGAGACACUGUUCAUCUGUGUGGCCUUUGAUAAUAGUCAUGGUGAGAGAAAGAUUGAAGCAUUUCUGAAUACCUCUGUGUAAGAAUCUGUCGGUUUCAUUAUGUGAAUUAAGAAUCUGUCAUUUAGUCAGAUUGCUAAGAAUUUGUCAGCUUUGAUAUUUUUUGUUAUUUUUCCAGUCAUGUCUUUUGAUAUGAUCCAAAUCUUUCAGUCUCAAAUGAUCGGAAUUGAGAAUGUUGUUUCCUCACAUAUUUUCAGAUUGGUAAGAAAGUGUUAUUUUAUUUUUUGAUUUACUUUUUUUCCAAUCAUGUCUUCUGAUCUGCCACAAGUCUGUCAGUCAUCAAAGGAAGCUGUCAUGGGCGGAGGACUUAACCUUGAUGGAAAGGUUAUAUACAAAGUGAAAGUGGUGCGUUACUUAACUAUUGGCCACUGGCUAUACCUCAGCAGGAAUCUAGUCAUAGUAUUAGCUGUAUUUAUUUAUUUAUGUACCAUUUAUGUAUCUUCACCAUUGGAUGUUACGUAAAUGGUGUCAGUGAUGUAAUGUGAUACUUUAUGCAUAAUACACACUCACAAGUCG